AGACGACAGUAUCAACAUGAAAAUAACUAUCAUCCACUCUGAUUCAAAGCGGCGAAGUCAAAUACGGUUAAGUGAGAGACAGACGACUGGGCUGUCGACAUUGUUUAAACGAUUUCCAAAGGGAACAGUUAUAAAACGACGUGGCCGAACAAUCGACGUCGGCAAGGAAUGCCAGCUAAAUAAGGUCUUUUCUGACGGCGACGUAGUCGAAGCUGUGUACACUCCCGUAGUCAGGACCAGGAGGCUAUGGAAUGGUGUAGACAAGUCAAGUAACUCGUGCAUGAUCACACUGGACACGGUUGAGCCAAGGGCCAAAAUGGCGUGUGGACAUGCUAUAACACCUCGGGCCCUUUAUGACUAUUGCUGGUAUGAGCUAGAGAAAGGAAAUUCCAAAAUCACGUGUCCUUAUGUCACAAACUUCAAGGGAGAAACAUGCGGAUACAAGUGGAAUAGACAAGCUAUCACACUUUCUGCUGCUAUGUCCAAAACAGAAAAGAUGUUAUUUCAAACUAAGCUCGACAAAAAUCGAAUCAAGCAGCAAGAAACCGAGUCGAAAAAUGUGUACCCUGAUGACGUCAUGAUUUCGCUUCUCCAUAAUUCGCCAAAACUUUAUCCAUUGAAUACUCCCAACAAGGCUCCAGAAAAAGAGAUUGUCAAGCGAGAACCGUAUGUGAGGUGA